AGACAUUUUAUUUAUUAUCAGACUCAAAACUGUGGAAAAGUGCAGAGCUGAAUAAUCUAUCAAGCAACUGCAGCCUUUGAUGAUUAAGUAACACUGAAGGUAAAGCCACUAACAUGUAAGUGGUCUGCUUUUAAGUUAUAUUUACUUUCCAUUUUCCUACCCAUUAAAUACAUCCACCUAUCGGGCCACAUGUCAACAUUUCUUUCAUGGCGAAUUCAUGGGAGAGAAGAUGGUCGGUCUGGCACGGCCGUGUUCCCCUCAGGAAGACAGAACGAAAGCCUCGCCUUGUCAGUCAACAUCGUCGGCCAGCACAGGCGGCUGAAGGACCUCAAGCCCGCCUCGAGGCCCCUGGGCGUCCUGCUUGCCGGAAUGGUCCACUUGCAGGGAACGCGCUGCUGUGGCUGAGUGGGCCGCCUUCGCCUCGUUGUGUACAGGCCCCGCAUGGCACGCCGCGGCUGCCGUAAAGAAUCAGCAUCGCCCUGCCCCGCCUGGCCUCGGUGCCGCUCCUCGUAACGGAAAACUCUGCAGCCUCGUCCAGCUCAGUAGUCAGACUCCCUAUUUAAUUUCGGCAGCUCCGGGCCGACCUGAACUUUCUCACGGGGUGGGGGGGAGUGGUAAGUGAUCGAAACCUUCGACUUGAGUUAUCGAAAUAUAAUGAUAUGUGGUGCAAGUUUGCAACCUACCACUUUAUUUCCGUAGAAAGUACAGACGUGACCGGCAUAACUAUUUUGUGGUGGGUAAUGAAUAUUUCACGUAUUUACCCACUAACCCAUUAUUAUUCCCGGCGCACGGCAGGCAUUUUUGUGCGAAAUACAACGGAAAGUCAAAUACCGGACCGGCAGCUGGCUUAACCAAACACUGGUGACACUCAGCAAAUUAAGGCAAACAUACACAUAAAUAAAUUAAGACUGGCAGCAUGAGGCUCACAUAUGAUGCGGUAGUGAACGUGCGGUAAUUAGCGUGAGGUCGGGGUUGUGAUGCGUGCUUCGUCGUCGCGGGCUGGUCACGGUGCCAUGUGUUGCGCGCGGGAGUGCCUCGCCUGUGAGGGAAUGCCUGGCGCGUGCGAGGCUCAGUGAAGCUCCGACGUCCCCGGCGAGAGGGUGUUGCGCGUCACGGUCCGUCAGGCCCCGGUCUCCCUUUCCAAAAGUUUACAUUGUUCACACCUGCGCCAAGCCUCCGUGCCAGGCCCUGAGUGCAGCGACCGUGGCCAACGGAUGAUUCGUGGCGAGGAAAAAGUUGCGUCGCGGGUCCGUCGAAGGUCCGUUGGUGUGUCUGUUGCUCGGAGGCAGGUCAGUCCGCCGGGGCAACAGGUGGCUAGGGUCACGGCGCGGCCUCACCUGCGCUGACCUGCUGGACCUCACCUCGCACACCCAAACAAUGAACUUGACCAUUCAGUGACUGGAGGCAUUGUGACAAUUUAUUAUGUCGAUAUUCAAGACGUUGAACACAGUAACCGUAACGCUUGUGGUCUUCAUCAAUUGUUAACGACUGUUGAUUGCAGAAUAAUAACGUAAAGAAGAUUGCAGAUUCAUCCGUGAAGACAUUAAUUCCACAUCCUUGAAGUACCUGAUUGCUGAGCAAGCCUGGCGGAGUUUGGACGUCGAGAGAUAAUGACAAGGCAGUCGCGAGGCAGUGAGAGGCUCGCCUAAAAGUCAGCGCUUAGAGGGGACUGUCUAUCGGCCUGUGUGUCUGUGUCUGUUUGCUGGGCCUGGACACACGGCGGCACGAUGUAACGACGCAGCGUGGAGGAGCACAGUACGUAAGGCAGCAAGGAGAGCAAGAUAGCCAACCUGGGGCAUCCAGGUGGCCGAGUGAGGCGCUGGGUUGAGUUGGACACUAAUAACGCAUGGCCUGAGGUGUUGGUGAACCUGGAGGCAGCAACCUUCAGGGAUCCUCCGCUACAAGUCUUCGCUGAUAUAUCAACGCAGUUUAAGACAGGAGACCAAGAAUACUCCAAGUAACUGGUGCGCUGAAGUGUUGGUGAACCUCUAAAAGGCAAUACACAAAGGUCUCCUGCAACUCCUCGCUGACACAUAGACGCAGUUUAAGAUUAGAGAAGGAGGAUAUUUCAACAAAACUAAUGACAUGAAUUGAGGAGUUGAUUUUCCGUGGAGCAGGAACACACAAGGAUCCUAUGCUACUAGUUCUCGCAGCUCUAUCGACCCACCUUACAACCAGAAGCAAAUGACCCAUAGAAAGUGUUAACAAUGACUGACAACGCCCCUCAUGCAACUCUAGGACACAUGACUAAAAGGGGAAUGGAUAAUCUCUUAUAAGCGACAAGACUUCAUUUGGUGAGGUAGACAUUUUGGCAAAAUAAAACACAGGAAACCGGACAAUGGGUGGAUUACAUUAGGCUUAGGUGGGCACGCCUGAGGGGACGGCCCCGUGCCCCGCCCCGCCCCACCAGGUCCUGUGAUGCCCAAGUGAGCCGCCCCGUGGGACCCUGAGGCCGCCGAGGAGUUAACCAGAGGAAGGAGUCCUAGAGCCUGCAAGCAUGAGGGUCGGCCUAAUUCUCGUCUUGUCCUCGCUCCUCAAUGGGCUGGCCGGGGCGGUGGACAUCGUGAGGCUGGACGUCCCGCGCGUGGUGGAGGCCGAUUCAUCCCCGGUGGUGCUGGACUGCGAGUUUCAGGUUCACGAGUGGGCACGCAGCGGCCUCGUCAUCAAGUGGUACGUGGACGAGGUGAAGCUUGUCUACCAGUGGAUCCCGCCGCGCGAGCCGAUGGCGCUGGGCAUGCUGGCGGGCCGCAUCAACACCACCUACAAGGUAUCCAAAGACCCCUGGACAGCCCACCGCGCCCUCUACAUCCCCCGCCCCCACCCGGUGAUGUCAGGCCAGUACUCCUGCACCGUCAGCACCUUUGAGGACGAAGAUACCGAGUCGGCACACUUCCUCGUCUGGAAGGCGCCGCGGCGGGUGGAGCUGAAGUACUGGAGGCCCUCGGAACACCUGGUCAACAUCACCUGCCUCACCACGGGCGCUGCUCCCAAGCCCGAGUUUACUUUAUUUAUUCAUGACCUCAACGGCACCAAGCAGGAGGUGGGCGUGCGGGGACGCAACGGGCGGCGCGUGGAGGGCCUAUGGCAGGGCGGGGCUUGGGGCCUCAUCCUGUGGGCUGAGACACCGCCCGAAACGGUGGUGGGCUGCACGCUGGCGCUCCCUGGCACCCAGCAGACCCACACUACCACCAGAGUCUACCACCCUGAGCUGCCUAUCCUCACCACCACCACCACCACCACCACCGAGGCGCCCACCGGUAGGAGGGGCGACGCUCCCCGCCAGUGGGCUAACGGAUCCCAUGCCUCGCCGGGCGCCGCUACCAGCUUCUUUGCCAGCAGCGGGAGGAGUGAGCUGCUGUCGCCCACCUGUUGCCGCAACUGUCCUAUCGUGGCGGCGGCGGCGUGGGCAGCUCGGCGGUGGGUGGCGCUUGCGGUGCCUUGAGCCGGCGCUGAAGGAGAGGGGCGGCGCCUGCCUGCUGCUCUGCCCUGCUGAGUUCUGCGUGGCGGCGGCUGAGGGAGCAGAAGCACCGCCAAACGUUGCUUUAUACUUUAGGUGUAAUAAACGUUCAUCUUCAGUGUAAAUGAGCUUUUUAAGGCACUCAUGAUAUAAUUGUGGCUUUGUGGGAAAAUAAAAUGUAUGUUCCUCCUUCCUGUCACAAAUAUGAAGACUUACAGAGAAGUUUACUGCUCUGUUUGGUUUCUUAUUAUUUAUUUGUUUGGCUUUGUUCCGCGUACCAGCCAGUGGCAGCCUGGUGGCGACUGUUCCCAGCCUUUGGGGGCUGUGAGCCGCUCGGCGGGGCUGACUGCCGACAGCCGCCUCGGCGCCGAGCAGCCGUGAAGCAGCUUGUUGCACUCCGAGGUGACUGGCGUUAACCUUUACACAAUAAUUUCAUGAUUGUCUUGUAUCAAAUCCUCCUCCUCAGCAGGUGUGUGGCCAUCACAGCAUACUGUUCAGCGUGGCACCAAGGGAUCACUCUACGCCUGGGAGUGAUCGUUAUGUUGGAUCCGAUGUACCUAGUGUGCGUAAGAACUCUGAGUGUACCAGUGUAUUUCGCAUCGAUGUAAAUGUUUCCGUACCCGUUGAAAAGAAAAAUAUUCAUCCACGAGGAAGCCUUUGUGGGUGCCGGUGAUGUCGCCUCGACCACCGACAGGGGCAGUGCCGGGCGUCGUCCCCGGAGGGAGGGGGCAGAACGCGCCCCGCUGCACACCUCCUCACGGAGCCGCAGUUCCUUGGCCGCGGAGGGUCAUGUGAUAACGUACUUCAUUCAGUGUGUCUUUCACUGGUUCCUGUUGGCAACGCAACAAGACUCUUGAACGUUCUCUGUACUACCCGUGUGCCGCCUCCUCGUAACCGUGUGCAUGCUUGCAAACAUUUACAAACAGGGUAUUAUUCCUUGCUCUCAACUGACAUUUUCAUUACAGAACACGUCUGUAGCCAUUAGAAUAAAAUGGUCAGUCACAGUUGGUUCAA